UUUGAUAAAAGAGAUUGGAAUUCAAAUUGAAAAAAAAAGAUACUAUAAAUUAGAUUUUCAUUAAAUAGAAUUGAAAUUUAAAGGGGUUCAUUCAGUAUCAGUGUUGUUGUUGUCGUUAGGGUUUAAAGAAUGGUGCGCAAAGACAACAACAACGAGGAGGAGGAGGAGGAGGAAGAGGAACAAGUUUCACGACGCGUGAAAAGAGAACGCCUCAGUGAAAACAACGCCGCCUCUGAUCAUCAGGACACCACCAGUCGUAGAAUCAUCCGCUCCGAGUUUCUCAAACUCAAGUCUAUCAUCAAUGAGAAAAAGGAUGAUUUAAUUAACAGUGAUUCUGACAAGUUCGAAUCAAUCCUCAACGAGUUCGACAAGUUACACGACCAAGUUAAGAAACCCCGAGAGCAAGUUGCUGAUGCCGAAGCUCUUCUCGAUCUCACACGCUCUUUGCUUGGAUCCGUUAAGUCUCUGGUCAACGAAGGAGUCACUCCUUCUCAGUUUGUUUCAUCUCUUCUCAAACAUUAUGCACACCCACCCAACGAUUCUAUUGACUGGCAAAAACUCGGCAUUUCUGUUUCUCCCAUUUUCCUCACGGUUCAUGGCUCUUCUACCAUGCUUGGUCCCAUGGAAAAUCAGUUGAAACAGCGCAAAACGGCAGUGCCUAGAAAGCGUGCUGCUCUUCCUUCAACUAUAACUGCUAGGCCUGAACAGCUUGAUGAGACUGAGGGAGGGGAAAAAACUGAUACUGACAAAAACAUGUCAAUCAUGUUUGACAUAUUAAGGAAUAAGAAAAAGGUCCAACUUGAACACAUGAUUUUGAACAGAGUUUCUUUUGCUCAGACAGUGGAAAACUUGUUUGCCCUCUCAUUCUUAGUCAAAGAUGGUCGUGCUGAAAUCAGUAUGGAUGAUAAGCGUUUACACUAUGUUUCACCUAAAAAUGCUCCUGCUGCCAAUUCUGUAAUGUCAAAAGAAGUUACUUAUACUCAUUUUGUCUUCAGAUAUGAUUACAACGAUUGGAAGAUAAUGAAGGAUAUUGUGCCUGAUGGCAAAGAGCUAAUGCCACAUAGGGGUCAAUACAGCACUGUGGCUAACCCUGAGGCAGAGAUGAAAGCUGACCAUUCCCCACCAGCUUUGGCUGUGACUCCUAUCAGGAAGCUAUCCCGGAACCGAGGGCGGGUUCUGCAGGAGGAAAGCAUUGUGGAAGAAACUCCUGAUUGUGACAAGGAAACUACUUCUAGAGCUGCUGCAAUCCGAAGGUGUAAACGUAAAAUCUAUUAAGAAAUUGCAUACAAGGUCCAGGUUUUUUGUUUUUUUGACUAACGGUAUGGAUCAACAUAGAAUGUACUUUAGUAUGUUUUGCUCAGCAUAUCAAACUGAGUUUUUCUUAUGUAUAGAUGAUGUAAAUAUUUGUAGAUCCUUUGAAUUACAAUGCUAUUUGAAGGCUGGUUUUAUUAUGCAAGUGCUUGUAAUGCAUUGUACAUCUCCCUUUUAUGGGUUUUUGGAAUGUUGCUUCAUUUGACAUCUCUUUUAA